AUGUCUGAAUCAUUUAACGCCUCUGAUAUUUACGCUAGACUCGCUGGAACAGGCCUCAUAAAGAAUCGAGAUGGCACCUAUGCUCCCGACCCCACCAUAAUCCCAGUGCCAGCCACACCUAACCCUUCCCCGCUCAACGCCGUCGCUUCCAAAGACAUUAUCGUAAACCACGUAAAGCCAACAUGGAUGCGUCUCUACGUCCCCACUACCGCACUAAACGGCGGCGUUUCGUCAAAAAAACUCCCUCUCGUUGUCUUCUACCACGGUGGAGGAUUCUUGACCCACAGCUUCGACUACGAACCAGUCGAAGACUUCUGCAACCUUAUGGCACGCCAACUCAACGUGGUCGUCGCGUCAGCUUCGUACCGGCGAGGUACAGAGACGAGACUCCCGGCGGUUUACGACGACGGAGUGGCCGCGGUUGAGUGGAUAAAAAACUCCGAACACGAGUGGAUCAAAUCUCACGCUGAUCUCUCCAACGUGUUCCUCAUGGGGACACACUCCGGUGGUAACGUGGCUUACAACGUCUGUCUUAGAUUUGUCGACACUGAUCUGCGUCCGUUAAGGAUCCGGGGGUUGAUCUUACACGAGCCCUUCUUCGGCGGGGUAGAGCGGUGCGAGUCUGAGCUCAGACACGUGAACGAUCAGAUUCUCAGAGACUUUUGCUGGGAGAUUCGUCUCCCUGUCGGAGCUGACCGGGAUCACAAGUAUUCGAAUCCGAGGGUGGGAGGUGGACCGGAGGAUAUGGAGAAAAUCGGACGGAUUAGAUGUAAGGUGAUGGUGAUUGGAGAAGGAGGAAGUGCGUUGAUAGAUAGGCAGAGAGAUGUGGCGAAUUUGAUGAAGGAGAUGGGUGUGGAUGUGGUGGAGUGUUUUACCGACCGUGAUCCUGAUGUGUUGGCUUACAUCACAAGUAUCAUUUACUCUUCUGCACCGUAA